AUGGAUUUGAGAGGAGAUGAGGAGCGCAUUCGACGUUGGUUGUGUGAGUCAGACAUCGAGUCUAACCACGAUGAAGCAGUUGAACUAUCGGAAUCCGAAAACGAAGAUAAUAUGGUGGCAGAUGCCCACGUAGGAACUGAUGAAAGUGAGGAAGAAGGUUCGAUGUCAUCUGAUGAGGAGAUUUUCGUCAGCAGGCGCUCACGUAAGCGAAGAUUUGUAGAUUCAGAUGAUAAUACAUCCGAUGCAGGUCAGUUGGGGUCUGAGUCCAUCCAGCAUCAGCAGGAGCCGCAGGAGCCUGAGUCAUCAUUUGUGAUCCGUUCCAAUAAAAAUCACUUUAAUGGAAAGAGCAAGAGCAAGAACAUCUUCUCGUAA